CACUGGAAAAAAAAAAUCCUCGAGUUUCACAACGAAAUAAAAUGGAAUCUGUUACGAAAGAAGAGCUGGAAAAUUUAGCUGUAAAUUUGAAGAAAGUACAAGAUAAAUACCUUAACGAUUGGACUGGGGAAUCUUUUCGAAAAGCUCGUCUCGAGGACAAAGAGAAUCACGAAAACAUACUAGCGAAAGGGAAAGAGGAGAUGAGGCAUCUAGAAGAGACGAUCAAUCAGUAUCAUUUUCAGAGCGAGAAGAAUUUAGAAGUUCUACGGCAGAGGGCUGAAGAAGUUGCCAAUCUGGAACGAGAACUGCGAGAAUUACAGAUUUCAGCGGAACGCUUGGUAGAACAAAGGAAUCAAAAUCAAAAACAUUUUGAAGAAACCGAGUGUCAACUCCGCAAACAACAAGAAGAAGUAUCUGCUAAGGAGCAGAGCACAUCGUACAAGAUUAAACAGUUUACCAAAGGUACCGAGUACUUCAAAGAAAGACUAGGAUUAUCCUUCAAGAAGGUGGAUGAGGAACAUUUACAGUUUGUGUUCAAGUACAUUGACCCAAAAGAUGAAGAUAGGCCCUUUGUUUUCACUGUGGCAGUUACCAGUCUGGACAAGUACAAUGUGAAGGAUUGUAUGCCAGAGGUCAAAGGACUUCCUGAGAUGGUGGAAAAGCUGAACAGCACAAAUAACUUCUCUGCAUUUGUUGUUGCCAUGAGGAGAAAAUUUAAAGAUUUGGUAGAAACAAAAAUUUAGACAUUCAAUCUGCAACUCAGACAAAGAUAUGUUUAUAAAGAUUGCGGUGUGGGAUUUAGCCAUGAUAAAAGAGUGUAUAAAAGGAACAUCUCUAAAGGAGUGUGUAAUUUUUCGUGCUUUUUAGUACAUCUUCAGGACCUGACACAGAGUGAAACAACAUUACAUGAUUCGAGGACCAGGUCAGGAAUUCUUAAUGGCAAUCUGCAAAUUAUAUUUCCUGACAUAUAAAAAUUGGAAAAUCACUGGUAGGGAGUUUUUCCUUUCCAUAAAAAGACUUGUGAAUUUCAGAAUUCCUAACUAGAGAAAUGCAGGAAAUAGGUGCACAAUGGAAUCCAUUUCCCAAGAUUUAGCUGUAUAUUGUCACAUUUUGAGUCUUGCAAAAGCAAAUAAAGGAAAUUGUAUAGAGAAAGAAAAAGCCUUAAAUUUUGCAUCCACAAUGUCAAAUAGUUUGCUCUGAUGAAGGGCUCAUGCUUGAAACAUCAGCUUUCAAACUCUUUAUGGUGGCCAAUUUAUCUUAUCAACUCACUUGCUUACCCUGUUAUACUCUCCCACUGAUGUAGCAUCACAGUUUCUUUACAAACAUACCCCCUUUAUUCAUUUGACUGUCUAAAACUGUUGUUGACUUCUAAGAUUAAAUAAGAGGGAAAAAUCUGUCUUGGCAGUUGUCUUAUUUGGUGGUGGUAGUGUUUUGUAGUGUGUUUCCCAGAUCUCUACAGACCUUAUAUCCUCCUGGAUCAUUGUUUGUUGGUGCAAGAGUAAAUAAAGAGCCAUAUUGAACUGAA